GGCUCUGUGCCCGGCCGAUGCCCACGUGCGGCGGCGCUGCCGGACUCAGCGAUCGGCGCGGGAUGGCGGCGGCGGCCGGGAACCUGCCCAUGCGGCUGCUCCGCAGGAAGAUCCACAAGCGCAACCUCAAGCUGCGGCAGCGCAACCUGGCGCUACAGGGGGCCGGGCCGCCAGUGGAGACAAGAUCUGUGGAUCCGUCUGAGGAAGCUACGAACAAUGUCAUUUCUGAAGAAUCAGUGGAGGACCUUAAAGUGAAGAAUGUAAAGCAACCUCAACUAAUAGCUAACGGUGAAGUAGCUGCAGAAGCAAAACAUUCUGAGUCAAAGAAGAAGAAAAAGAAGAAAAAAAGGCAAAUGAUUGACACAGAACAGGGUACAGAAACUAAAAAAGCAAAGACUGAAGAACAAGCGUCUGCAGACAUGGAAGAUGCAAAAGAUAGUAAGGAUCCUGAAGUGGAAGAAAAUUAUGAGGAUCCUGAAGAGAUAGAAGUAAUGGAUGAAGAUACCGAAGAGCCCAGUUUACCUCUUGGUGUAACAGGUGCUUUUGAAGACACCUCAUUUGCUUCACUGUCUGAUCUAGUCAGCGAGAACACGCUGAAAGGAAUAACUGAUAUGGGCUUUACACACAUGACAGAAAUUCAACAUAAAAGUAUUAAACCCCUUCUGGAAGGCAGAGAUAUUCUAGCAGCUGCAAAAACGGGCAGUGGCAAAACACUUGCCUUCCUCAUUCCUGCCAUAGAGCUCAUCUACAAGUUAAGAUUCAUGCCUAGGAAUGGAACGGGUGUUCUGAUUCUUUCACCUACUCGAGAGCUUGCCAUGCAGACUUAUGGAGUUCUGAAAGAACUGAUGACUCAUCAUGUUCACACCUACGGCCUGAUAAUGGGAGGCAGUAACCGAUCAGCUGAGGCACAGAAACUUGCAAAUGGGAUCAACAUUAUAGUGGCAACACCAGGUAGACUUCUGGACCACAUGCAGAACACCCCCGGGUUUAUGUUCAAGAACCUGCAGUGUCUGGUAAUCGAUGAAGCCGAUCGCAUCCUGGAGGUUGGGUUUGAGGAAGAAAUGAAACAGAUCAUAAAACUUCUGCCAAAGCGCAGACAGACCAUGCUUUUUUCUGCUACACAAACCCGAAAGGUUGAAGACCUGGCUAAGAUAUCGCUGAAAAAGGAGCCACUGUAUGUUGGGGUUGAUGAUAACAAGGAAACAGCGACAGUAGAUGGUCUUGAACAGGGAUAUGUAGUGUGUCCGUCCGAAAAAAGGUUCCUUCUGCUCUUCACAUUCCUCAAGAAGAAUCGGAAGAAAAAGCUGAUGGUAUUUUUCUCGUCAUGUAUGUCUGUGAAAUACCACUAUGAACUACUCAACUAUAUCGACUUGCCAGUCAUGGCCAUUCAUGGCAAGCAGAAACAAACUAAACGGACCACCACAUUUUUCCAGUUCUGUAAUGCAGAUUCUGGAAUACUUUUGUGCACUGAUGUAGCUGCCAGAGGACUGGAUAUUCCUGAAGUUGAUUGGAUUGUCCAGUAUGACCCUCCAGAUGACCCAAAGGAAUACAUUCAUCGUGUUGGUAGAACUGCCAGAGGUAUAAAUGGCAGAGGACAUGCUCUACUCAUUUUACGACCAGAAGAAUUGGGUUUCCUUCGUUACCUAAAGCAAGCCAGGGUACCAUUAAGUGAAUUUGAAUUUUCCUGGUCCAAAAUUUCAGACAUCCAGUCUCAGCUUGAAAAAUUGAUUGAGAAGAACUAUUUCCUUCACAAGUCAGCCCAGGAAGCAUACAAAGCAUACAUUAGAGCUUAUGACUCCCAUUCUCUGAAACAGAUCUAUAACGUCAAUAACUUGGAUCUACCCAAAGUUUCCCUUUCGUUUGGUUUCAAAGUCCCUCCAUUUGUUGAUCUCAAUGUGAACAGCAGCCAAGGUAGAAGAUUGCAAAAAAGAGGCGGAGGUGGAGGAUUUGGUUACCAGAAAUCCAAGAAUGUCCACAAAUCCAAAAUCUUCAAACACGUUAACAAGAAAAAGUCAGACAGCCGGCAGUUUUCUCGUUGAAGCUGUCCAUUGAAAUGACUUUUGUCAUUAAAAUAGACUCUCUCUUGGUGAAAAUAAUCUUACAGAUAUUUCCUUUGCAAAUUGCUCAGGUUUAAGCUGUGCUCUGUUUAAAUUUUAAAAUUUUACAUUUGGUUUCUGGCCAUAUCUUAUAACUCAUUUCAAAAGCAUUUACGUAGGAGAAAACUGAGAAAACUAAGCGGUUUUGGAAACUUUCGUCGCAAAGGAGAGGAUAGCUGGAUGUAACCUUUUUUACUAUAAAUAAGUUAAACAAAUUGUUCCUGAAAAUAGAACACAUUUUUCAGUGUUUUUUUCUAUAAGAUAUUCUCCCUUUCUUCCUCACUCCACCCUCUAAGCACCCAUCAAAAAAGGCAAUUCUGAAUACAGUAUCGUUGUGCAUAGCAAGAGUCCUUCAGAGUAUUCAGAAAUUAAAGGGGAUGGCAGGUCGCUGAGACUAUUUUUACAGCACAAAAUAAAAGAUCCUUGUUUACUUGGGUCACUGGACUUCUUUAUAAAGCUACAAAACUCAUUGCUUUUUCUAGUAAAUACGAUGAAGAAUAUGAAAAUUCUUGACGAGCAGAGAAUUUCUAUGAGCAUAAUGUGUUUUUAAACCAUCAAGGAAAACACUUUGGUCUGUGUAUCAGAGAGUACAAAGGCAAGACUACAAAAGCAAACUUAAUAGUAUAUAUUAUGUGACAUGCUUGAACUGCUUUUUGAUAUUAUGUUAAUAUGCUAAUUUAUAUUCCAGAGGAGCAAUCUGUUUGCUUCAGCAGCUUCUCUCAAAUUUAGGUUUAAAUUUAACCGUCUCAUAUAAUUUCUAAAAUAUAUUCUGUUAAAACAAGAAUAUGCAAAUAAAAUGAUACACCUUAAUUUAAUUUGUAGUAUCCUUUAUGAAGAGGGUACAACAAGAACUGUUGCAACAAUAUUUUGUAACAGUGUAUUACUUUUUAGUAGCCAUUCCUUGGAUCAGUGGUGAGUAAAGCCAAAGAUAUAGUCACAGAAUUGAGUGACUGCAACACAGUGUAUGUAAGAUUUAGAAAGGUGAAGUAGGGUGUAAAUAUAGGGAGAUCUUGGAACGAGAAGUGGAAAAGACAGAAAAUACAGGGGAAGAUACAGAAUACACAUGAUUGGGAAGGAUGAGGUGGGGAAGGGUAACCCAUUGUUGUAAGAAAGAGCGAGGGCAGUAAAUUGAUUGACAGUAUUACAAUUAAAUACUUUGCACAGUGGACAAUACACAACCGACUUAGUCCUUUAAAUUGCAGAGUAUGCCAGGGCAUGUAUUUUCACUCUGGUGGAUAGAUUUAAUCAUUGGGCUAGUUUUUCAUGUUUCUCCCCAAUACCACUGCCCUGGUAGAUAAGUCGUAUUCUCAUAAGACCACUGAGGUAGGGAAAUAGCGUUAGCCCUCUUUCAAAGAUGCUAAGUGACUUGCCCACGCUGCUAGGGUAAGUCAGUAAAAAAAAAUCAGAACCACAGAAUCCUGAUUCCAUACCCCUGCAGCAUAUCUCUGUCUGUGUAGCAGCUCAAAUUUCAUUUUACCCUCCCCACCGCUCCCAAAAUGAGGUAGGAAUUUCCCUGAAACUCAGACAUUCCGUUUUUCAAUCUUAAUACUGAUGUAUGAAAGUGAACAGAUUGUGAAUGUGUUAAUUUGAAUAUAGUUAAUUCACUAAAACAGGCAAUACGUUUUUAAAUCAGCAAGUUAGACGUAAAAGUGAAAGACUUUGUAUAGGAAGGCUUGACUCCUUUGUUUUAUGGAGGGAACCGAUUAGUGUUGAGAGAAGGAGCAUGACCAUUCUAUUAUCACUAUUAUCCUAUAAAUAAUUAAACACAUACCUGUAGCACUAUGAAGAAACAUUUCUUUAAUCUGGCCCUUUUAAGGCUAAACUCAGCUACAAAUUUUUAAAAAAUAAAUGUGUCAGUUAAGAAGUUUGGAUUUCUGAUACAUCAAGUUGUUUGGAUUUAAAGGCUUAAAGCUUCACUGGUUGCAAUGAGAAGCAGAAGCUGUUCUUUAAAUUAAAACUGCAUUGAUCAGAUCUCUCUCUAAUACCUAGCACAGUGGGGCACUGAUCCUUGACUCCAGGUUAUAUUCUUAUACAAAUAAUUGUUUAAAAGUCUCUAACAUGUUUUAGAAAUACCUAUGAAGUAUAUAACACCAUAAUAUGUAAGGGUUUGUCUAGAUGUGAAAGCUACCCAGUUUUGCAAAUGGGAGCUGAACCCAGAACUCCUGUGUGUUAGAUACGAGACUCUCUCCUUUUAAUAUUUUCAGAACUGAAUGCUGUCAGUGAGCAAUAUUUCAUUCUUCCUUUAUACAAAGAAAGUUGUCUUAUUCAAAUCUAGUUUUUAAUAAAGGAAGGCAGUCUCUUA